CACAGCUGCGUCUGGCAACCAGGCCAAGAGCACUGUCAAGAGAGCCACACCCCCUCUCCGGCAGCAGAAUCCCCACAAAUCAGCAACAGCAGGACAGACCACAAGGCAUCUUUGAGAACUUCAGGAUGCAGAUGUCUCCGGUCUUUGCUUGCAUAGCCCUGGGCCUGGCCCUCAUCUUUGGUAAAGUGUCUGCCUCCUACCACCGCCAGACUCGGGUGGCCCAACUGACCACAGACUUUGGAGUGAAGGUCUUUCAGCAGGUGGCACAGGCCUCCAAGGACCGCAACAUGGUUUUCUCACCCUACGGGGUGGCCUCAGUCCUGGCCAUGUUGCAACUGACGACAGGAGGAGAGACCCGGCAGCAGAUUCAAGCAGCCAUGCAGUUCCAGAUUGAUGAGAAAGGCAUGGCCCCUGCCCUCCGCCAACUAUACAAGGAGCUCAUGGGACCGUGGAACAAGGAUGAGAUCAGCACUGCCGAUGCCAUCUUUGUCCAGCGGGAUCUGAAGCUGGUUGACGGCUUCAUGCCUCACUUCUUCAGUCUCUUCCGAACCACAGUCAAGCAAGUGGACUUUUCAGAAGUGGAUAGAGCCAGGUUCAUCAUCAACGACUGGGUGAAGAGACACACGAAAGGCAUGAUUGGAGACUUACUGGGUGAAGGGGCCGUGGACCAGCUGACGCGCCUGAUGCUGGUGAAUGCCCUCUACUUCAAUGGCCAGUGGAAGACGCCCUUCCCAGAGUCGGGCACCCACCACCGCCUCUUCCACAAAUCUGACGGCAGCACCGUCUCUGUGCCCAUGAUGGCUCAGACCAAUAAGUUCAACUACACUGAGUUUUCAACCCCUGACGGCCAUUACUAUGACAUCCUGGAAUUGCCCUACCACGGGGACACUCUCAGCAUGUUCAUUGCUGCUCCCUAUGAAAAAGAGGUGCCUCUCUCUGCCCUCACCAACAUCCUGGAUGCCCAGCUCAUCAGCCAGUGGAAAGGGAAUAUGACCAGACAGCUCCGCCUCCUGGUUCUGCCCAAGUUCUCCCUGGAAAGUGAAGUCAACCUUCGGAGGCCCCUGGAGAACUUGGGGAUGACCAACAUGUUUAAGCCAAACCAGGCGGACUUCUCGAGUCUCUCGGAUCAAGAGGCACUGUACGUGUCGCAGGCGCUGCAAAAAGUCAAGAUCGAAGUAAAUGAGAGCGGCACAGUGGCGUCCUCCUCUACAGCCAUCAUCGUAUCAGCCCGAAUGGCCCCUGAGGAGAUCAUCAUGGACAGACCCUUCCUCUUCGUGGUUCGGCACAAUCCCACAGGAACAGUCCUCUUCAUGGGCCAGGUGAUGGAACCCUGACCACGGGGGAAAGCAGCCCUCAUCUGGGAUGGAACUGGAGAUGUAUCUGAGAAGAAAGAACUCUAAAGGAAGAAAACUUUUAUUUUAAUUAAUUUUUCUGGAGAAAGAGAAGGCCUUUGCCUAAAAAAAAAAAAAAAAAAAAAAAAGGUAAAUCUUUCAAAUCUGCCUUCUAGACCUCGGCCUCUCCCAGAAAUACAGAAGAGGACCUUUCAGUAAAACUCCCUCGUAGAGACCCCCAGAGAGACCUCCUAAGCCCCGCUGAGUCUCCAGAGCAGACUGUAAGAUGUGCAUGGGCACAUGCGCAGCUGUUUCUGCCCAUUGCUCUGCCCAUCUGGGGCUUCGGACCUGGACUCCGCCGAGACCGUGGCAGGAUGGCACCAAAAGGCUUUACAGGGGCUUUUGUGUGCUUGGUAGACACUAUUUGUGUUCCAGUCACGUUGCUGUCACUCUUACAUUGUCUGCCACUGCCAAGGAGGCUGGCGGCAGGCCAAAGAAGGCCAGUGGAAGAGACACCCUUUCAUCUGGAGGCCUGUGCUCCCGGCUCAGCAGUCCUGCAGAGGGACAGAGCAUGUGUGGAGACCCGCCCCGACCUGGCCACCUCCCCCCCAAGAAACAAUGUGCAGAUAUUA